GGGGACCGGUCCGGUUCGGCUCCGCUCGGCUCCGCUCGGCCCCGCUCGGCCCCGCUCGGCCAUGGCGAAGAGGGCGGCCGUCCCCGCCGGGCCCCUCGGGGACGAUUUCUCCUUCGUGAGCCCGGUGGCCAAGUACGUGCUCUUCUUCUUCAACCUGCUCUUCUGGAUGAUCUCCAUGGUGAUGGUGGCCGUGGGGGUGUACGCCCGGCUGCUGAAGCACGCAGAGGCGGCCAUGGCGUGCCUGGCAGUGGACCCUGCCAUCCUCCUGGUGGUGGUGGGCGUCCUCACCUUCCUCAUCACCUUCUGCGGCUGCGUCGGCUCCCUGCGGGAGAACAUCUGCCUGCUGCAGAUGUUCUCCGUCUGCCUGACCAUCAUCUUCCUCCUGCAGCUGGCGGCCGGCGUGCUGGGCUUUGUGUUCUCUGAUAAGGCCCGCGGGAAGGUCAGCGAGAUCAUCAACGGGGCCAUCGUGCACUACCGGGAUGACCCGGACCUGCAGAACCUCAUCGACUUCGGGCAGAAGGAGUUCAGCUGCUGCGGGGGUGUCUCCUACAAGGACUGGUCCCAGAACAUGUACUUCAACUGCACGGCCACCAACCCCAGCCGCGAGCGCUGCUCCGUGCCCUUCUCCUGCUGCCUGCACGACGCCGACCAGGCUGUCAUCAACACCAUGUGUGGCCACGGGAUGCAGGCCAGGGGCUACCUGGAGGCCAGUGCCUUCAUCCACACCAACGGCUGCAUCGACAAGCUGGUCAACUGGAGUCACAGCAACCUGUUCCUGCUGGGGGGCAUCGCCCUGGGGCUGGCCCUGCCCCAGCUGGUGGGCAUCGUCCUGGCGCGCCUCCUCAUCAACCAGAUCCGCGACCAGGUCAAGCUGCAGCUCUACAACCAGCAGCACCGGGCAGACCCCUGGUCCUGAGCCCCGAGCCCGCGGCCUCCCGGCGGCACGGCGGCGCUCCGGGGCCGUUCCCGAUCCCCGGGGCCGUUCCCGAUCCCCGGGGCCGUUCCCCAUCCCCGGGGCCGCGGGGACAGCCCGAGGGGCCUCGCUGGAGCAGCGGGAAUGCGGAUCCGCGGAGGAGCCUCCGUGCCCUCGGCAGCCGGCGCUGGGCUCGGCCUGGAGGUGCUGAGCUGAAGCAGCGCCGGAGGAUCGCUGUCUGUCUGUCUGUCCGUCCUGCUGGUGCACAAAGGGAUGUGCUUCCCCUCCCCGCGUGUUCGCUGGAGAAGGACUGACUCAGUUUGUCUGUCUGUCCGUGCACCGAGCUGCCUUCGCCCAGGCCGGGCUGCGGGACCGCGGCCAUUGCCCCCAUGGUGGGGCACAGCGGGGCUGGCCCAGGGCCAGCCGGGGGGAUGUGCCCGUUCCUUGGCGUUCCCGGACAAUAAAGACACGAGGCCGGA